AUGAGAUUAUCUCCGGUAGUUCGUUUUCUCUCAUCAAAUGGAUUUUACGUUCAUAUAAAAAAUACAACACCGAAUUGGCAACCAUUGUUGAGCGAAGGAGAGAAAAUCAUUGGUUAUCCAUCAUCCUUACGUUCAUUAGUCAAUCUCAAGUAUCUUUUCAAUGAAGAAGUAUCAACAUUAAUUGGAUAUUUGAGGAAAUUAGUGGGUACGCAGCAUCCUUUACUGAAACUUGCAACGAAUAUGUUAGAAAGUCCGCCAAAAGCAGCACAUUCAAGAUCUGUUUUGUUGUUAUUGAUCUCGAAAGCAGCGGGAAUUCCGCAGAAGAAUUACCAAGAAGAUAUGAUUAAGCAUGGAAUUCACGAACAUCAGAGACAACUAGCUGAAUUAAUUGAAAUGAUUCAUUUGGGAAUUCUUGGACAUCGAGGUAUUGUAGACUUAAAAGAAAAUCAAUCGGAUUUAGAACAAGGAAACAAAAUCGCUGUAUUGGGUGGCGAUUAUCUUUUGUCUCAAGCUUGUGGUAAGCUAGCUGAAUUUCGAAAACCAAAGGUCGUUGAGACGAUUGGUAAUGCAAUUGCUGAAUUAUGCAAAGCAGAUUUUUAUUUAAAAGAGAAACAAUCACUUUCAUCAAUAACAGAAUGGUAUCAACUAACUGCAUUAUCCGUAGCAAAUCUCGUCGCAUCCGGUUGCCGUGCUUCUCUUCAAUUAGUCGACCACGCGCCUUCUUUUCAAGAUCAAGCCUAUUAUUUGUGCCGUCAUAUCAUAUUCUCUUGUAUUAUGUAUAACGAGAUCUCGCAAUACUCAUCGGUGUUUUCGAAAGAUGCACCGUCGUUAACAUUGUACGGGACUGUACCAAUCAAUCGUUCGUUUCCGUAUUCUCUGAUGACGAAAUCGAAUGAUGAAACAGUUACUUUCGAACAAUUGAACAACGACAAAUUACUCGAUGAUUGUCGUGAGCAGUGUUUCAAAGAAAGCAGCAAAGCAUUGACACUACUCGAAGCAAAUUUCGAUCAGAAAUCUUCAGCUACCGCUCUUCUACGCUCGAUCAUUCAACGUAUACAAGAGGGUCUUUCUUCAAAAACAGUCAUUUAA